UGUGUUUUAGUGAGGUGUGCGAGAAACCUUAUCCCCAUGGAUCCUAGCGGUGCCUCGGACCCCUACGUCAAGAUCAAGCUCAUACCAGAUCCGGACGGAAAGACGAAGAAGAAAUCGAAAACGGUCAAGUCGACCCUCAAUCCAGAGUGGAACGAAACAUUUAAAUUCGACCUGAAGCAGGAGGACAAGGAUCGGCGGCUUGCCAUCGAGGUGUGGGACUGGGACCGCACCUCGCGCAACGACUUCAUGGGCUCGCUGUCGUUCGGCGUGUCUGAGGUUCUGAAGAAGCCCGCCGACGGCUGGUACAAGUUGCUGAACCAGGAGGAGGGCGAAUUCUACAACAUCCCCAUCACUGAUGAAGCCAUACAGGAGGAACUUAACAAGAAGUUAGAGAAGAUGGCGCAGAUCGCUGCGUCUAAGCCACGUCCGCAGCACAGGCCCAAGGGCGACGGCCAUAAGGAGCAGGGCGAUCGCGUCAGAGCUGCAGAUUUCAACUUUCUCAUGGUCCUCGGCAAGGGCAGUUUCGGAAAGGUGAUGCUGGCUGAGAGGAAGGGCGCUCCGGACGAGCUGUAUGCCGUCAAGAUCCUGAAGAAGGAUGUCAUAAUUCAAGACGAUGACGUAGAGUGUACGAUGAUCGAGAAGCGCGUGCUAGCCACGCCCAGCAAGCCGCCAUUCCUCGUGCAGCUGCACUCUUGUUUCCAGACAAUGGACCGGCUGUACUUUGUGAUGGAGUAUGUGAAUGGAGGCGACCUCAUGUUCCAGAUUCAACAAGUGGGCAAGUUUAAGGAGCCCGUGGCCGUGUUUUACGCGGCGGAGAUAGCAGCGGGCCUGUUCUUUCUACACAGACAAGGAAUCAUCUAUAGGGACCUGAAGCUGGACAACGUGAUGCUGGACAGCGACGGCCACAUCAAAAUCACGGACUUUGGCAUGUGCAAGGAGAAUAUAGUAAACGACGCGACGACAAAGACGUUCUGUGGAACGCCGGACUACAUCGCUCCUGAAAUUAUCAUGUACCAGCCGUAUGAUAGAUCAGUGGACUGGUGGGCGUACGGCGUGCUACUAUACGAGAUGCUAGUCGGGCAGCUUUUGACGAAAGACACCAAGAAGAGAUUGGGCUGCGGCGGGACAGGAGAGCGUGACAUACGCGAGCAUCCGUUUUUCCGGCGCAUCGACUGGGAAAAGAUUGAGGCGCGAGACGUGCAGCCACCGUUUAAGCCAAAAAUCAAAAACCCGCGCUCGGCCGAAAACUUCGAUCCGAUCUUCACGCGAGCGAAGCUGGACCUGACGCCACCCGACGCCGUUGUCAUCAAGAACAUCCCCGAAGACGAGUUCGAUGGGUUCACCUGCGUCAAUGCCUACUACUGUCCCGUCCGAGACAAUUAUGUUAUCGAUGUCUAAUACGGCGCGAUAGGUCAAGAAGAGUGAGAGGGAGAGAGAGCGCGCGAGAGAGAGCACAGUACAAGUGGCAACGCCGUCAACUUCGACACCGAGUUCACACAGCUUCCGGUCCAGCUGACGCCUACCGACAAAUUAUUCAUCAUGAAUCUCAGCGAUAUGGAGUUCGCCGGCUUUUCCUUUCUCAAUCCCGAGUUUGUAGAACACAUAUAGCACUAACUUCCGUCAAGUUUCUCCGUUAUGCUCUCCCGGUCUGAUCUAUGACGCGUGCUAGUAGUGCCUGUGCUUUGCUGCAGCACUGUGAUACUACGCUUACCAGUGCACAAUAACUAACACCAACCAUUGACAAAUGUCA